UGACGGAUAGUUUGAUAGUGUAAACCAUGUAUAUUUUCCAGUGCGUAACUCUUGUGUUUAGAUGUUGAUGUUGUCAUUUUUGUAUGUGAAUAUAUCCGCGUGACUGAGUAAAAAAUGUUAUAAGCUCUCUCUACGUAUUCGGAUAUCUUGAAUUAAAAUACUUUAGAUGAGUUUAAAUUACGUGCAUAACAAAUAACAUGCUUUAAUCAGCAACAACGUGUAUGUGUUAAAUCAACGGUCAGCGGAUAUAAACAAUUCAAUAGAAGAAAUGGAACAGUUAUUAAUAACAAUUGAAAAAUUACCGCGGUCAUGUUUCAACCAAUAAAAGAUCUAUCUCUUACAAGCAUCAAACAGAAACCAUUGUUGUACAAUAGAAAAGACUGGAUCAUCGGAGAGAUAGGAAUAAAAUACUGUUACUGACGGCGAAAACUCCGAACAGACAAAACACAGAUUUAGAAAUAGGAGUUUAAAAAAGUGAAACUAUUGUAGAAACACGUGUGUUAAAACAAACUAAUGCAGUUGGAAGGAAAGAAACACAGUCUUAGCUCUUAGCAAUAAAGUGCAACGACGACAGUUCACAUAUUGUGAAACAUAGGAUUUAAUUAAAAACAGAAAUUUAGAUAACUUAUUGCAUUGAUUUUUACCGCUAUAUACGUAUCAUCGCUCAAGGUUGCCAUGGAGAUAAUCACGUGGUGCGUCACGUGCACUGUGCUAGCGGCGGGAACUGUUUACAUCGUCCGAAAGCGGCGCCAACAGUUUGAACCGAGACAAUGCGGGAAGGACUACCCAGCGGACACCGUGAUUCUGCACCAGUUCCCUCGCGGACCACGUGCGCCGAGCAUGUCCGGCUUCUGUCUCAAACUAGAGACCUUCCUACGUAUGACCAACAUCCCCUUCAAGAACGAGCUUGGCUACAAGACAGGCCCCAAGGAUAAGUCGCCCUGGAUCGAGUAUAACGGUGCGACCAUGGGGGACUCGCAGAUGAUCAUGGAAUACCUGAGCGAGAAAUGUCAGGUUGACCUUGACAAACACCUGUCCGACCACCAGAAGGCGCUGGGGCGGGCGAUACGGGUACUAGCGGAAGACCAUAUGUACUGGUUGGUUCUGCUAGAGAGGUGGGUGUAUCACCGGGCGGAGACUAAGGCGGAAAAACUCACCAAGUUGCCAUCGCUUUUCGUCUGGGAGAUUGGCAGACGAACAAAUAACCAAGCGCAUGCGCAGGGCCUUGGACGCCACACUCAACCGGAAGUGGAGAGACUGUUGCGUGAAGAUUUGAAGGCUAUUUCUGAUUUCUUAGGAGACAAGAAGUUCCUAUUUGGUGACGACGCAUGCGCCGUGGAUUGCGCCGUGUUCGGUCAACUGUGUCAGGUGAUGUGGCACGUUCCCAGUGCUGUCACCGCGAAGGCGUACCUUGAAGAGUCUUUGCCGAACUUGAAAAGUUACGUUGAGCGCAUGCGCACUGCGUACUGGCCUGACUGGGACGAGUGUGUAACCGACUGCUUCACAAAAGAACCGACAAAAUAAACAGACCCGACCAAAUAAAAAUAUUUUCGUUGCUAUGAGAAAUUGCUGUGAUUUGCCUUUCAUCAAAGGCUCCACAGGGUACAUAAAUAUCAAACAAAAAGCAAAGAGGCAUAUUAUAAAUAUCAAACAAAAAGCAAAGUUGCAUAUUAUUAAAAUGCCAUUAAGCAAAUUUAAUAGGGCGGGUAUUCACAAUUAUGUUUUCAAUUUGUAAACACAAAUAUAUCAUCUUUAGUAUUUAAUGUAGCUUGUGUGGUAUUUCUACGAUUUUGUGUUUAAAUUUGUAUGUUUGUUAUGACGUUUUCUUGACCCAUCAUCGCUCCUUUUCAUAACAGGUCUAUUCUCUUUUCCCUAAAUUAAUUUUUAAAUCAAAUGAAACAUCCUUAUCUGUACAUAAACACAAUUUUAUGUUGUUUAAUUUAAGUCCGUUUACUGUUAAAUUGAACCACUAGGUGAGCAGAGUCUUGCCUAUGUAACUAUGUGCAAUAUGUGCAUAGCAUACAGCGUAUCUUAAGGAGUUUAAACAUCCAGGAAUAUGAUAUUAACAAUUUAGAAAUUUCAAAUUCCCACGCGUGUGAACAAAAGAAAUAGAACAAUUUCAUCAGUUUUGCUCAUCGUUGGAGAUCGGUAUGAAGCUACUCGCCAUACGUCCCGAGCCUCGAACAUCUCAUUAAGCUAGUUAGAUAUUCCUUUAUUUAUUAAACUAAUAAUUUCAAAACAAAACCUGUAUGCGUGUGCACAUUUCUUGCAUCAACUUCAAAGAAGUAUUUUACGAUCAUGAGAAAUAAUAUCUUAUUGAAGGAAUAGUUGUUUCAUAGCGCAUUUUUAUUUGUUUUGUGAAACUUUCAUUGCCUUUGGCAUUUGUUCGUUUUAAAUGUUUAUACCGUUUUAGAAUAGUUAAGUUGACCAUUAAAAUACUUAUACAAUAUUAUGCUUGCAUGAUAUUCUGAAAACUUGUAUUAGUCGAGUUCGAUGUGUAAUGUCUAAUAAAGUUAAGUAUUGUU